AGCUCUUUCCUCUUCACAUGAAUUGGGCGAAAAACAUCGAGACAGAGCAGUUCAUUGUCUUGCAUAUCUAUGGAGCUUUACUACAAACUACGCUUUCCCUACCUUGACAUUAGCGUUUUGGUGUGAAUGAAACUGCGAUUCGGGAUCUUGAUCAGGGUAUACGUGCACGAAGAGAAGGGGGGCAAGCGGAAGCUAUGGAUCCGCAGCUGGUUGAAGUAACACAGAUCUUUGCCCGAUUCAAAGCUGCUUUGUUGAGGAACGAUUUCGUAACUUGCAACAAUCUCCUCUCCCAACUGAAGGUUCUCUUGACAAGAUAUUCAAGCCUACCACCAACAUUUCAGCAGACACCUACUUCUGUUGAAGAACUUCAGAUAGCAAGGGAGAUAUAUGAACAUGCUGUUGUUUUGAGUGUCAAGACUGAAGACCAGGAUGCCUUUGAGAGGGAUUUCUUUCAAUUAAAACCUUUUUAUACUGAUACAUGCGGUCUCAUUCCGCCUUCACCACAGGAAUACCCUAUUUUGGGUCUUAAUCUCUUGAGGCUCCUGGUCCAAAACAGAAUAGCUGAAUUCCAUACAGAGUUGGAGCUUCUCCCACCAAAUGCUCUGGAGAAUCCUUGUAUCAAACAUGCUGUUGAGCUGGAACAGUCUUUCAUGGAAGGUGCUUACAACAGUGUUUUAAUCGCCAGGCAGACUGUGCCCCAUGAAACUUACGUUUAUUUCAUGGAUCUUCUUGCAAAAACUGUCAGAGAAGAGAUUGCCGGUUGCAGUGAAAAAGCUUAUGAGUCCCUGUCAGUUGCUGAUGCAAAGAAAAUUCUGAUGUUUUCUUCUGAUGAGGAACUUUCUACUUAUAUCGAAGAGGAGCAUCCUGAAUGGGAAAUCAAGAAUGGAGUUGUUUUCUUUCAGAAAGCUAAAGAGUCGCAACCUUGCAAGGAGAUACCAUCCCUGCAACUAAUCAACCAGACAUUAAGCUAUGCAAGAGAGCUGGAGCGUAUUGUUUGAGAAGCUUCUUUUGCUAUUCUAGACCUUCAUGAUAACAUAAUUUGGGUUUUUGCUGACUUUCUGAGAUGCCAGAAUGGAGAGAUCUAUUUGGCUCGAUUAUUUUCUUCGCAGGUGGUUUCUUAAUUUAUUUCAUUUUAUUUUAUUUGAAUCAAGAAAACAAUUUGGUUGUGACAGAAAAAAAUGUUCUAUUUUUUUGGGAUAAUUAUAUGGAUGAAAGAGGAUGCAAAUGAAAUUCA